ACUAGCUGGGUCCUCGGGGCUCAGGCUCCCGGCAGGGCCCCGAUCCCCCGAAUGCAGCCUCCGGGGAGUUAGGACGCGGGAUGCCAGCAGCUGCCAGUCCCUUCCCUCUGGCGCCUCCCCCCCAGCCCCUCAGAAGGGUCCCGGGGCUUCCAGCGUCAUGCAAAGUGCCUGUGAGGAGGCCCGGGCCUGAUGGAAUAUUGUGCAGCCAGGGUGGAGCUGGACAGGCCUGGGAAGCUGCCUGCCCAUGACCCGCCCCCAGGGCUCAAGGAUGCAGCUGUCACCCGGUGCCGUUGUCUCCCUGCUGCCCUGCGCGACGUGACACGUGUCUGGCCGGGUUGUGCGGCUGCCAAUGCAGCAGGCGACGCCGGGCGCCCAGGCAGGGACGGAAGGUCUGGCAGCUAGUUUGAGCCCCUCUGUGGCGGCAGCCUCUCCCCCUGGAGCAGCGGGCUGGGUUAUCCCCUCGGCAGUUCAGUAGAGGUUUAGCUGAGUUCCAAGUGCGGGUUCUGGGCACCUCCGUUGUUCUUUGUGUCUUACCAGAGCAAGGGGCUGCACAGAGAUGUAGGGAGAGACUGUCCUUGUCCUCAAGGAGACAGUACUGCCUAAUGGUGGGCACGGGAGGCAAAUGACUGGGCCGAGGCCCCAGAGUAGAUCAGUGUCAGAGCAUGGGCUGGAGCCUGUCUUCUGACUCCCAGGUUCUACUGGGACUUCACCAUGCUGCUCUUCAUGGUGGGCAACCUCAUCAUCAUCCCGGUGGGCAUCACCUUCUUCAAGGAGGAGACCACGGCCCCCUGGAUCGUCUUCAACGUGGUCUCCGACACCUUCUUCCUCAUGGACCUGGUGCUGAACUUCCGCACCGGCAUCGUCAUCGAGGACAACACCGACAUCAUCCUGGACCCGGAGCGCAUCAAGAAGAAGUACCUGAAGACCUGGUUCGUGGUGGACUUUGUCUCCUCCAUCCCCGUGGAUUAUAUUUUCCUCAUUGUGGAGAAGGGCAUCGAUUCGGAGGUGUACAAGACGGCCCGGGCCCUGCGCAUCGUGCGCUUCACCAAGAUCCUCAGCCUGCUGCGGGUCCUGCGCCUGUCCCGCCUCAUCCGCUACAUCCACCAGUGGGAGGAGGUGGGACGGCCAGGGAGGGGCGUGGUGGGGGUCCCCGGCUGGAGAGAUCCAGGGGCUUCAGAAGUCCUGGCUGGGGGAGGGGUACUGGAGGGGUCCCUGGCUGGAGAGAUCCAGGGGGUUCAGAAGCCCUGGCCAGGGGAGGGGCGUUGUGGGGGUCGCCAGCUGGAGAGAUCCAGGGGGUUCAGAAGCUCUGGCCAGGGGAGGGGCAUUUUUGGGGGUUCCUGGCUAGAGAGAUCCAGGGGGUUCAGAAGGAAGAAGAAUUCGAUCCUGCUGCACAAAGUCCAGCACGACCUGAACUCUGGGGUCUUCAACAACCAGGAGAACGAGAUCAUCCAGGAGAUCGUGAAGUACGACCGGGAGAUGGUGCAGCAGGCGGAGCUGCAGCAGCACCCAGGCCUCUACGCGCCUGUCCAGCCCCAGGUGACCUCGGCCAUCGCCACCCUGCAGCAG